AUGGGAGGGAAGCAGGUCAAAUGUCUUGCAUCGCCCAGUCCUAUCCAUAGUGCGAAGAGUGAAUCUACUGUAGCCCCAUCAGAGGAGAAGGAAAGACUUGUGAUCAUCCACACUGAAGAAACAGAAACUAAAACAGAAGAGACAGAAUCUCAUUUCCAGCCUGAGUGGCAAGCAGGGAACUCUGGGUCAUAUUUGGAGAAUUCAUGGGAGGAGCAGCUUUUGGAACAACAGGACCAUUUGGAAAAGGAAAUGGAGGAAGCAAAGAAGAUGAUUUCAGGUUUGCAGGCUUUGUUGCUCAAUGGGUCUUUACCUGAGGAUGAGCAGGAAGGGUCCUUUGAACUUUGUGAACGUGGAGCCUGCCCCGAAGAACAGCUGAUCAUAAUCCGAAGUCGCCUGGACCAGGCUGUGGAAGAAAAUCAAGAUCUAAAGAAGGAGCUAUUGAAAUACAAACAAGAAGCUCGAAACCUACAGGGAAUAAAGGAUGCUUUACAGCAAAGGCUGCUUCAACAGGAUGCUUCAGUUCUUCAGCUAAAGCAGGAACUGCUGAGAGCAAACAUGGACAAGGAGGAAUUGCACAACCAGAAUGUUGACCUUCAGAGGAAGGUUGAAGAGAGAAACCAGCUACUGGCAGAAUACAAAAAAGAACUGGGCCAGAAAGAUCGGCAUUUACAGCAGCAUCAGACCAAACUGGAUGAAAUACUUAGGCAGCUUUCUGAAGCCAGCUACCAACAGGUGGAUUUGGAGCGGGAGCUGGAGCACAGAGAGGCCCUGCUAGCUCACUGCAUGAAGAGAGAAGCUGAAGAGGUGAUGGCUUACAGCAGUCAUCGUGCACAGAGCAAUGGCAUCCUCCAGACAGCAGGAAAAAGAGCUGCUCCCACAGCCCACCAUGGGACAAAUGACUUGCAACUGGUUCGUGAUGCCCUUCGCAGCCUCAGGAACAGUUUCAGUGGCCACGAUCCCCAGCACCACACCAUUGACAGCCUGGAGCAGGGGAUCUCCAGCCUGAUGGAACGGCUGCACCGCAUGGAAACACAGAAGAGGCAAGAGAGAAGGAUCCGGGGAAAAUCACCGGCAAGCAGAGCAACAAAUGAGUGUAGAGACUCCUGGCCUCCCAAAUCCAAACUGCCUCAUUCUCACAGUACACUCACGAUGAGCACCAGUGCCUGCACCAGAGUGUUGUACUUCACUGACCGCUCCCUCACACCUUUCAUGCUCAACAUACCAAAGAGGUUAGGGGAGGUGACUCUGAAGGAUUUUAAGGUAGCUAUUGAUCGUGAAGGAAUCCACCGGUACCACUUCAAAGCCCUGGAUCCAGAGUUUGGCACAGUCAAGGAGGAGGUAUUCCAUGAUGAUGACAUCAUUCCUGGUUGGGAGGGGAAAAUUGUGGCCUGGGUGGAAGAAGACCAUGGGGAGAAUUAAUCAAGAUUUUAAGUCUUGUCACUAUGGAAACCUGUAGCUGGCUGCUGAGCUCAAAGAAUGACCAAAAAGCAUGUGUGCUGGAGGGAGUCCAAUUCAAGCUGCCAAAAAAGAGGGCUUCUCUGCAAACAACGGGUAAUGCAUGUUGUGUGCAUGGAUGCCUGGCAUCUGACUUUCCAUGGGCAAAUGCAGACAGUGUUCUGAGACUGAAAUGACAGGUCUGUGGGAAAGAAACACCUUGCUUUGUCCUGUCAGCUAAACCCUGAAGGCCUUAAUGAUGUAUUGCUCCAUUCCCCUGCUUCUCCAUUCCUGCAAUAUGUGCUGCAGACUAUGAUCUGGGCAUUUCAAGUCUGGUUUCUUGUACAUGGUAUUACAUAAAUCUGCACUGAUGGCAAAAAUGUGAAGCUUUGCCUUCAUGAG